AUGGCUGGGGUGAAGAGGCCUUUCGAGGCCGUCCUUGAUCAUGACAGGGAGCUUGCUCGGUGUCUCAGCCCGCCCUGCUUAGGAGGUGAUCUGUCCAGGAGCGUCUCUCCCAGCCCAGGAGCCUUCUUCUCGCCGCACGAAGCCAAGUCCAGGAAACAAGAUGGCACGGUCACUUCACUUUUGUCGCCCUUCAUGCCGACCACCAGGGACUUCAGCCCAGAUGCGUCCAUGCUCCUUGUCGGUAUCCGGGGCGCUGGCAAGACAACUCUGGCUGUGAUGGCUUCAACGGCCAUGAAUCGAAAAGUCAUCGACCUAGAGAUAGCCUUCCUUCGUACUACAGGCUUCUCCAGCACCGAGUAUAAAGCAAAGUACGGCAUCCUGGAAUGCCACCAGACACAGGCGCAAGUCCUCAGGGCCAUGCUCAAUCGGCAUCGCCAGGGCUACGUUUUGGUUUGUUCGUGGAUGCACGGUUCUGCCCAGAAGGCGUUGCGUGACUUCUCUGCGACAAACCCUGUGAUUCACAUUCUACGGGAGGGUGCCGCCAUUGAAAAGCUGUUGCAAGUCUCGGAAAAGUCCAAGGUCUGGAAUCUUCUUCGCGUCAGCAAUACUGUCUUCCGGUCCUCUACAACCUUUGAGUUUCUCAAUAUCUCGGAAGAGGCAUCGCCUUCCUCGACCAAAAAACCGCCGCCGCCCCAUCUAGCUCUAAAGCAUGUCGAGAGACAUUUUCUCAAAUUUUUAUCCUCAAUCUACCCCGCCGGCAGCUUUCCGUAUAGCGAGCCUGUACUGCCCUUGUCUGCCGUGCCUCUUGAAAAGCGCAGAUUCACAUACGCUGUGUCUUUGCCACUGGCUGAUGUGUUGCAAGAUCACUUUGAUAUGGAGAAGCACGUCAUAGGCGCGGAUGCUGUUCAAAUCACAAUCGAUACUCUGAGCAAAAGCCCGGUUAUUGACCAGGCACAGCUCGGCCAACUCCCAGAUAGCCUUACCGCGGCCGUUGGUCGAGUCAGACGGGACACUGUGCUUCCCGUUAUUGUUCACAUAAUUUUACCCAAUAUUGAAAGUCAAGAGACUGUGAAAAGCUACCUGGAACUCUUGUGGCAUUCGAUACGGCUGGCCCCAAAUAUGAUCACAGUGGACCUGAGAGUGGACAUAUCCUCCCUGUCUGCCAUUGUUGCUUCGAGAAAUCGAACAAAAAUUAUUGGUCACCUUUCUACAGAGAAUUCCGAAAAUCCUCGCUGGAAUUCGCCGUUUUGGACUUCAUUUUAUCGCAAAGCUCAGGAGCUGGAAUGCCAUUUUGUUCGGUUCCUACGCCUAGGACAGUCAGUUGAGGACAACUUGGAGAUCACAAGCUUCAGAAGCGCAGUCGCCGGGAUCAAAGGGGCAGCAAUUCCGUUGGUUGCAUAUAAUCUAGGACCCUUGGGCUGGCACUCGGCCACCAUGAAUCAGUUCAUUACCGAGGUCUACCCAGAUUCUGCUGCUGAUCAGGAACCGCCCUCGAGCAACAUGGGUAUCACGGCUGUGGACGCAACGAAGGCCCUUUUUGCAUCCUUUGUCUUCCACCCACUGCAAUUUUAUGUAUUUGGUGCCUACGUCAACAAGAGUCUGUCCCCUGCUAUGAUCACGGCAGGAUUCAAAGCUUGCGGAAUUCCACAUCGCUACUCGCCCCAUUCCUCCAAGUCUCUACAAAACCUCGAGCAUCUUUGGAGACACCCCAACUUUGGGGGAGCUUCUAUUGGGCACCCUUUCAAAAUUGAGGCCAUAAGCUUGACCUCUGCCUUGAGCGAUCACGCAAAAGCCAUUGGCGCAGUGAACACGCUCAUACCCAUCCGCCAUCUCAACUCCGAUGGCACCGUUCCGGAACAGUCCGAGCUAUUCAAGACCAGCACAAAUCAAACAGGGGCAAUUAAAGCCUUGUAUGGCGAGAACACGGAUUGGAUGGGCAUCCGUGCUUGCAUUCGACGAGGUCUCUCACCUGCGAAUGCGGUAUCGGCGAACACCUGCGGGCUCGUUAUUGGUGCUGGUGGUAUGGCCCGCGCAACCAUUUAUGCAAUGCUCCAGCUUGGCAUCAAGGAUAUAGUUAUUCACAAUCGCACACAAGCAAACGCCGAAGCAGUCGUUUCUCACUUCAGAAGUCUCCUGGAACAACAGGAUCUUCCGACGCCCCUUUCGGAAUCCGGGCGGAACAGGUUCAUCAUCUUAUCACUUGAUGAACCUUGGCCAGAAGAUGUUCGACUUCCCACAGUCAUCGUCUCAUGCAUACCGAAUAACAGUAGUGGGUCAGGCUUGUCACCUCGCCUUACGCUCCCUGACGCAUGGUUGGGGAGCCGAACGGGGGGUAUCGUGAUUGAACUGGGAUACACCACAUUGAAUACGUCUUUACUUGAACAGGUGAGGGAGAAGUCUAAGGCAUGGAUUACAAUGGACGGCUUAGAUGUACUGCCAGAACAGGGGUUUGCUCAAUUUGAAUUCUACACAGGGAGGAGACCGCCUCGGAAAAUUAUGAGGCGAGCGGUUCUGGAAUCGUUCGAAGAGGGGAGCCCCAAACCCGAGGCCAUGCAGUUGCGAUUAAUGCAUGUUGACCACCAGGAACAAUAUUAG